CGGACGGAGGAUAAGAAAGAUUUCAGAGACUUCAGAGGGAUCACAUAGUCCAGAGUGAUGACAUUUUUAUGAGUUUUCUUCAACACUGUGUAUACAUUAGGGGAGUCAAGAUUUUGGUCAACAACUUUUGGACAUAUUAUUGCACACGUCGAAUGUGAACAUCCACAUAGAACUGCAAGGCAAACUCAGAAAGGAAAUGGCACAGCUACACAUGAGAUACCUCUUGGCUUUGGCCCUAUUGCAAACAGUACUGUCCUCUGGUGUGUUUGAGCUGAAGAUUCAUUCAUUCCAUACGGCGCAACGCAUCUGCAGAAGACACAGGGAUUGUCAUAUAUUUUUCAGAAUUUGCCUUAAACACCCAGAGGAUGUGAUCUCCGCAGAGCCGCCUUGCACCUUUGGCACUGGACACACUAACGUGAUCAGGGCCGAUCACACCUCGAUCUCUAGCAGCGCUCCCAUCAGGGUGCCUUUCCACUUCAAAUGGCCGGGAACAUUUUCGUUGAUCAUUGAGGCCUGGAACGCUGAAUCUCCAACUGAAUACACAGACAACCAAAACAACCUUGUGAGCCGUCUGGCGACCAGGAGGAGACUUGCAAUCGGUGAGGACUGGUCCCAGGACGUGCACUUUGGCGAGCAGAGCGAGUUGCGCUACUCCUACCACGUCUUCUGCGACGAGUACUACUUUGGAGACGGCUGCGCUGACUACUGCAGGCCGAGGGAUGACACACUGGGCCACUACACCUGCGACGAGGAGGGCAACCGUAUCUGCCUGGGGGGCUGGAAGGGAAACUACUGCUCUGAGCCCAUCUGCUCAACGGACUGCAGUGAAAGGCAUGGCUACUGUGAGGCUCCGGGGGGCUGUACGUGUCGCAUGGGCUGGCAGGGCCCCUCCUGCAAUGAAUGUGUCCGCUACCCAGGCUGCCUCCAUGGAACAUGCAGCCAGCCAUGGCAGUGUAACUGUCAGGAGGGCUGGGGGGGCCUCUUCUGUGACCAGGACCUCAACUAUUGCACCAACCACAAGCCCUGCUCCAAUGGUGCAACCUGCACCAACACAGGCCAGGGCAGCUACACCUGCACCUGCAGGCCUGGCUUUGGAGGCACCAACUGUGAGCUUGAAACCAAUGAAUGUGACAGCAACCCCUGCAAGAAUGGAGGCAGCUGCAAUGAUCUGGAAAACGACUAUUCAUGCACCUGCCCACAGGGAUUCUAUGGUAAGAACUGCGAGAUCAUUGCCAUGACAUGCGCAGAUGGUCCCUGCUUCAACGGCGGCACCUGUGUGGAGACCAUGACUGGAGGCUACACCUGCUGCUGCCCUCCGAGCUACACUGGCUCCAACUGUGAGAAGAAGCUGGACCGCUGCAGCAAAACGCCCUGUUUGAAUGGAGGUGAGUGCCUGGACCUCGGUCAGAGCAUCUUGUGCCGCUGUCAGGCUGGUUUCACAGGUGCCAACUGCCAGAUCAACAUCGAUGACUGUGCCUCAAACCCCUGCCAAAAUGCAGGAACCUGCCAAGAUGGUGUAAAUGACUAUACCUGCUCCUGUACCCUUGGGUACACAGGCAAGAACUGCACUGUCCGCUCAGAUGCCUGCGGUGUCCGUCCAUGCCAGAACGGUGGCACUUGCUUCACCCACUUCACUGGCCCAAUAUGCCAGUGCCCUAAGGGCUUCAUGGGUCCUAGUUGUGAGUUCACACUUCAGCCCAGUUUCAAGCCCGCUCUACGCCAAGCCUCUCAGCCGUCGUCCUCUACCCUCACCAUCUCCUGUAUUCUCUCUGUCCUGGUGCUGGUUCUGGUCGCUGGCAUUAUCUUUUUGAGGAGGAGGAGGAGACUUCAAGGGAGGAAGCAGCUGAGUGACAUAGCAGUUUAUAAUGACUUGGAGACUGUCAACAACCUGGGAGGCAGUGAGAGAGAUGCCUUCCUUGGUCCUAGCGGCUUGUUCAAGAUCAGCAACAGCACAGCUCGCCUCAGUCUCUCCCUCUGUCCAGAUGGCAGAUCUGGGUACAGGCACAAUCCUGUGGAGAGCAGCCUGGCAAGAGGUGAGCGUCAGGACUUUAAGUGGAGGGAUGAGGCUGGUCUGGGCUCUGGAGCAGGACUGAGAUGAAAUGUAAAGAAAACACGGAUGUACAAACAGGGAAAGAAGCAUAUUAGCACUUGUUGCUCAUCUCCCUUCAUGGAUAGUGAGGAGAGGAGCAAAGUCAUGAGCUGGAAACCACUCUGCUCAUGCUGAAGAUAAAACACUGUUAAAAAUGUACAGAUAAGAAACAUAAAAAUAGUGACAAAUGAACUACUCUGAUGAAGAUUACUGAAAACAGUAUGGGGCAAAGUUCUUUCAUGUUUAAGCCCCAAAGAGACAAGUAAAAUGAUCCACUUUUAGGAUAGGACCUAUAACACAAACCAAAUACAGGAAGUCAUCAUGCCCUGACCAGCUUUGGGAAACCUGCCCAACAUAGGUUUUAUUGGGUUAUCUUCUUUAAUAUGUUCACUUUGUUUAAUUAUUCAUCAUUUUAAAACAGAAUAUUUGUUUGCUUUUCAAUCUUCC